CCAUCACCCCGCGACACUGCGGCGUCAUCAGGCUGCGCCGCAGCCGGGGCCCGGCGGGUCCGGUGGUGUGCCGGUGCCCCGGCGCCGGGACCAUGCUGUUCUCGCUGCGGGAGCUGGUGCAGUGGUUGGGCUUUGCCACCUUCGAGAUCUUCCUGCACGGGCUGGCGCUGCUGGCCUUCUCCGUGCUGCUCGUGCUGAAGGUGGACGGCGCGGCCGCGGCGCUGUCCUGGUGGGUGGUGUUCGUGCCGUUCUUCGCCGCUGACGGGCUCAGCACCUACUUCACCACCAUCGUGACGGUGCGGCUGUUCCAGGACGGCGAGAAGCGCCUGGCCGUGCUGCGGCUCUUCUGGAUCCUCACCAUCCUCAGCCUCAAGUUCGUCUUCGAGAUGCUGCUGUGCCAGAAGCUGGUGGAGCACACGCGGGAGCUCUGGUACGGGCUCAUCAUGUCGCCCGUCUUCAUCCUCCUCCAGCUGCUCAUGAUCCGAGCCUGCCGGGUGAACUGACGCCGCUGGCACAGGUCUGCCUCCCCGCGGGCUUUGCCUGGUGUGUGUCCGUACAGAGGACAGCAGGGUACACAGGGCUGGCGCUGUGUGCUGGCGCUCUGGGCUGCCACUGAGCUGGCUGCAGGGCCGUAGAGUGUCGUGGUUCUUCAGAGACCCUUCCGUGCCGCAUCCUCGUUUCCGUUCACUGAGCUCCAGGUGUUGCUGCGCAUCCUGCCCUGCACCGUUUGGCAGUCGUUUUAUUUUAAAAUAAAAACGCAUGGAAGGAU